AUGAAUAGAAUACGUGUGCGUCCGAAGAAGCGAACGCCGACACAUUCCCGAGGCUCGAAUCGUAAAUUACAGCAGCUCGAGCGGCGCCGGCGCCGGGAAGAGCGCUUGUUACGAUAUUUGAACAAAUUCCCGGCGGUGUUAAUCUGCAUAAUAACAGCGGCGGGUACAAAGCCGUUGCCGACUCCCAUUAUGCGAGGGCGCCACCCGCCCCCGCGCGCUCGCCCGCGUCUUCGUCCGCUCCUCCGGGCAGACGCACCACGCCCGAAUACCUAUACGUGUUUACCCGCACCCAACACCGACUACGGUGUUAAAUCGACCGCCUUAUCGCUUACCAUCGUAACGAACGACCGUACCAGAGCUUCAACUCAUAUUUAUGAAAAAUUUCAAGUGAUGAAUAACGUUUAA